GACUGCGGGAGCAGCAUGUGGACGCUCGGGCGCCGCGCCGCCGCCUGCCUCCUGGCCCGCUCGGCGCCCGGGGGCUCAGCCCGGGCCCGCGCGGGGGCCCCGGCGCCGAAGAGGGACGCCCCGCUCUACGGCCGCCGGGGUCUGAGAGUCCGGACGGCCGCAGCCCACGUACCCAGCCACGAUAGUUUGUGCGGCCACCGCCUCGGUCAGACUGUGAAGGUCAAAAAGCAGAGUGUCUGUCUGAUGAACACGAGGACAGCGGGAACUUUGGGCGACCCUGGCUCUCUGGAUGAGACCACCUACGAAAGACUGGCAGAGAGGACACUGGACUCCUUAGCAGAGUUUUUUGAAGACCUCGCAGACAAGCCUUACACACUGAAAGACUAUGAUGUCUCAUUUGGGAGUGGUGUUUUAACAGUUAAACUGGGUGGAGAUCUAGGAACCUACGUGAUCAACAAGCAGACCCCAAACAAGCAGAUCUGGCUGUCUUCACCAUCCAGUGGGCCGAAGCGCUACGACUGGACCGGGGAGAGCUGGGUGUAUGCCCACGAUGGCGUGUCCCUCCACCAACUGCUGACCACCGAGCUGACGGAAGCCUUAAAAACUGAAUUGGACUUAUCUUCUCUGGCCUAUUCCGGGAAAGGCACCUGACGCCCAGCCCAAUUCCAAAGACAUUAAAAGCUGUGAUGCCAAGACCCCUCCUUCGUCCUGCAGCUGAGUGUCUGGUUUUUUUCCAUUCCCACCUUUGAGGACACUUGCAUUGCUGGGAAUGGCGCCCCAGAAAGAAUGUGUGGCUUCCCACCCUCCCCCAGGUUCGGAUGUUUAAUUUCCAUAGUUUGUUUUGUUUUGGGAUUUAUUGUCCCAUUUCCUCCCUCACAGCAUAUCACUUCUCUUUUAUAAUCGUCCAUGUGCUCCUACAUUUGUAUGUAGCCUUACAACCGGGAAAAAUCAGAAGGGAAACUUCCAGGAGAAAAGUGACUUGAUUUCACUAUUCAUUCUUUGAAGGACUCAACUGCAAAAAGCCAUGUGAAAAGCGGCUGGCCGGCCUCAUCUUUCUGUCCCCAAAUGAGCCUCAUUAAAGAGUUGCCUAUAAA